GCCCGUGGUGUAUCUGCACUAAUAAUAUUUAAUUACUCGAGUGCUUCACAAACUAACAGACCUCUCGUGCGUCAAUCAUAUUUAACAAAUAACCGCUCAUUGAUAACGUCGUAACCUCUGUUAUCGGCAUAUCCCGGAACGUCUGCGAACUAGAAGCAAUACGGAUCUAUUAGGUAACAAUGUCCAAGCAGAUGAGUCUAGUGCAUUUAUGAUUCUAUAUAAACAAGGAGCGUCUUGAAAACAUUUCAUUACGCUGACAAACGGACGUUUAAUAAGAGCGUUAUUCGAUACUCGUUGGGACACUGAUCGCAUUACAUUGAACGUUUCGCUAUCGUCCAUAGUGACACGUGCUUCGCCAUUCGACGAAAGUUCGAUCGUGAAAUUUGAAAAUGUAUAACAGAACAAGUGCAACAUUGAUGCUCCAAACUAUAAUGGUCUUAAUGGACAAGCAGAAUUCGACAGAUGUUACAAACUUCCCGAGCUCCUUCUACGAGGAUGCGGAGAUAGAACGAUGCUACAAUGUAUACGGAUGUUUCUCGAAAGCCUAUCCCUGGACGGAGCACCGCCCUGAUAAUUAUUUUCCUGCCCCGCCGGAAUCUUUAGGAGUCAGGUACGCUGUUUUUACAAGGCGAAAUAGAAAAUUACCAGUUCUAUUACAGGCUACAGAUGUAGAAAAAGUCCGAAAUGCGAAUAUUGAUUCAAGAGGACCUUUUUAUUUCAUUUCUCAUGGGUUCCUCGAUGGAGGUCAUAAACUGUGGAUACAAAAUAUGGCGGAUGCUCUUCUGAAUUUAGAAGGUAAUGAAGCGGCAACAGUUACUAUAGUGGAUUGGCGUCGUGGUUCCCAACCCCCGUACGGACAAGCCGUGGCCAACAUACGACUUGUGGGGGUGAUGACGGCACAUCUUAUGCAUACUUUUUAUAACGAGCUGGGAUUAUCGAACUUAAACAAUUUUCACUUUAUUGGUCAUUCCCUCGGUUCGCAUUUAGCAGGCUAUUGUGGCCACUCUCUACAAAAAAAAUUUAAUCUCAAAUUGGGACGGAUAACGGGUUUAGACCCAGCGGCCCCAUAUUUCAGUAACACCGUUACUUUAGUACGGCUGGACAGAUCUGAUGCUGAAUAUGUCGAUAUUAUCCAUAGUAAUGCGAUGCCGCUGUAUUUUUCAGGUUUCGGAAUGUCAGAACCAAUAGGUCACGUAGAUUUCUAUCCCAACGGUGGAUCCACACAACCGGGCUGCAAAUCUGAAGGUGCGCCGAACCAGCGCAGCGGGAGCGAUAUGUAUCAGCAAGUUGCGAAAUUUGUUGCCUGUGAUCACGAGAGGAGUUAUGAUUUCUUCACUGAGAGCAUUGCUCCGCGCUGCCCGUUUAUGGCUAUUCAAUGUAAAUCGUACGAGGCAUUCUUAGCUGGUAACUGCACAACAUGUGACAAUAAACACGUAUGCAUACCUGUGGGCUUCCAUUCCCAAAAUGUGUAUAAGCGGCUACAAAUGGGCGGGCUAGUCGAUUCCAAUUCUAACGUUGCCCUUUAUGCCCUAACUGGCAACACAAAGCCAUAUUGCAGAGUACACUAUGAAGUGAGAGUGAAAGUGUCGAAUUCAACUGAAAGUAAUAUUCACGGCCCCGAUGUUGGCAAAGUAUCAAUAACAUUAGUAGACAGAAAUAAUAAUAAGAGCGAUCAUAAAUUCCUGAACGAUGAGCAAAAAUAUUACCGGCCUGGUGAUAUGCAUACUAAAUUAAUAGCGUUCAAGGAUACAGGUCAUCCGCCCUUAUCUGUUAUCGUAGAAUGGAAGUAUGAAACCAAUUUAUUAAAUCCAAUGACAUGGAGAUUACUAAAAUCUUCAAGUCUCUACAUUGAAUACAUAAAAAUAUCAUCAAUCGAAUAUAAUUCUGACAUAACUGUUUGCCCCAAACAAAAGAAACCAGUAGUUGCCAAUUUGCCAACGAUUAUGAAAACUAAAUACUGCAUCCGGACAUAGCCUUAUAGGAAAAGAAUGAAUGAAUGACCUAUAAGAGUAAUGAAAAUUCGUCUCCAAAAAGUAUUGCCAUAGUAUUUCACUUUUUAAGUAAUAUUAAGUAUAUUCUUUAUAUUAAAUACGUCUAUAUUAUUCACAUUUGUUU